CCCAGAGAGAUGGGAGUAGUGCUGCAGCACAGCAACCACAGGCAGAGCAGCUAAGUCGCGUGUUGUUGAUCAACGUUUUUGCAAGACAGGAAAUGAGAAACAGACAGUUAGAGGAGAUACAGACUACGCUGUCUUCCUUUCGCACACGCAGCAAUCUCCAAAGCGGCGGCAAAUUAGGAGGGAGACAGGUGAAUUCUCUUGUGAAGGUUUUUGAUGCAACCUUGAAAACAGAGAGAAUUUUAGUUACAGCCUAAAAGUGUGAAAUGGGCACUGAGGAGAAAGAUCCAGAGCCUGCAGCUCAGCCAGCAUCAAAGGAGCAGGGAUCACCUGAGAAGGAAAAUGAGCCUCCACAAACAUCUGAGACCAGCGACCCUCUCAACACAUACAAGUGGCAUACUGGCUCCAAGGGAACCCUCAAUGAGCAGAAAGAAGAAGGAGAAGGAACGCCGGCAUCCUCCACAUCCACCAUGGAAAAAAUUCAGAAGGCCUCUAGCAACAAGUGGAGCAAGAUGCAAAACUGGCGCAAGGCCUUGAGCGAGGACCCCGGAGAAAAGAAUUCAUCCAAUGGGAAAAGCAGCGAUGCAGCCAAGCCUGAAAAAGCCUCUGGAGGAACAAGAAAGAACCCCUUCAGGAGGGCCCUGUCCGAGCCUCCUGGGUCUCUGUUUGCAGCCCUCUCCACUGCCAAUUCGGCUCACGCAGCUUCAUCCUCUGCUGCAGCCACUUCUGCUGGCACAGAAGCCUCGGGGGCUGCCUCCAGUGAUCCCUCACAGAAAGGGGGCGGAGGGGCACUUUUUAAAAAAUAUCUUCGGAGUGUGUCCCAGAAGCUCAAGAAGCCGAAGCUACAGCCCCGCAACAGCACGCCAUCCCUUGCAGGUUUGAAUGAGGUUGUCCCGACACCAGCCGGACCCUGCGAACUCUCAAGACUGCAAUGGGUCCCGCCUCAGGAGGUCCCCUUAUGGGACAUCAGCAACUGUUGCCUGGAAGAUGGGCAGAUUCUCAUUUCUCCAGAGGAAGAGCCAACAAUGUGGACUCGAAACCGUGUCAGCAGCUGCUUGUCCAACCUCAGCAUGCAGAACCUUGUAGACAUUGACACAGAAUGCAGCCCAGACCACGGGGGCCAGCUUGGUCCUCGACCAAAGGCUCAAGAUGGCGGUGUGAGGGGACUGAUCAAGCGACGUCUUGAGAACAAAGCCAAGAGGAAUAGCAACACCCAGCUAAACCAACAGGGACUUAACAAAGGACGCAGGCUCUAUGAAUCCCGAGAGUCUGUGUCAAUUCCAGUCAGUCCAGUGGGGACGCUAGAUCUGAGUGCAGACACCAGCACCGUCAUCAGACCGGUCCACAGCUCCAUUCUGGGGGAGAAGUACUGCUUUGAGGUGAUAAACUCUGAGAACACCCACUGCUUCGGCUGCUCCUCGGCUGCCGAACGUGACCGCUGGAUUGAAGAUCUGAGACGAGCUGCCCAGCCCAACAAGGACAACAUCGAGCGCACAGAGAACUCUCUGAGUCUGUGGGUUAAUGAAGCUAAGGAUCUGCCACCCAAAAAGCGUUAUUACUGUGAGGUACACCUGGAUGGCACCUUGUUCGCCCGCACGACCAGCAGAGCUGUUGGCAAGCUGCCAAAUCGUUCCAGCCUGGCAGGAGAUGGCUCCGCUGGAUCUUCGGGAGGCCCGGGGGCCAGUGGAGGUGCGACUGGGUGCCAACUCUUCUGGGGUGAAUUCUUUGAGCUCGACAACCUGCCUUGUAUCUCCCAAAUCAGCCUGCACCUCUUCCGGGAAGAAGACCCCAAGAAAAAGCGGCAUUCCCGAGACGACUCCAGUCUACACCCUCUGGGAAGCGUGACCAUACCUCUAGCUGACAUUCGAGGGAGGACCUAUCAGGAGAAGUGGUACCCCAUCACUCCAUAUAAGGCGUCAGGCUCAGCAGGGAACAAAGAAGCUCUGGGGCCGCAGGCUUCACUCCGCAUCAAGGCCCGUUUCCAGAAUUUGCAAGUUCUGCCGAUGGAGAAAUACAAAGAGUUUGCCGAGUAUGUGACUGUGGAUUAUGUAGAAAUGUGCAGAAACUUGGAGCCACUUCUGAAUGUGAAGGAGAAGGAAGAGCUGGCAGGAGCUCUGGUCCACGUACUCCAGAGCAUCGGCAAGGCCAAGGAAUUCCUCAUUGAUUUGGGCAACGAUGAGGUGGAGCGUCUUGGAGAAAAAGAAGCAAUGAUCUUCAGAGAGAACACACUGGCCACUAAAGCUAUAGAUGAAUAUAUGAAGCUGGUUGGUCAGAAGUACCUCAUCGACACACUAGGAGAAUUUAUCAACCGUCUAUAUGCAUCGACUGAGAACUGUGAAGUUGACCCUCGUAAAUGUCCUGCGGCUGAACUGUCAAGCAACCAGAAGCACUUGAGGGAGACCUGUGAGGAGGUGGUGCAGAAGAUCAUUGAGCUCCAUGGGCCUUUUCCUGAAGAGUUAAACAGGAUAUUCUCCAGCUGGGUGGAGGUGUGUGAAGACCAGGGCAAACCGGAGAUUGGCCAUCGGCUCAUCUCUGCUUCCCUCUUCCUUCGUUUCUUGUGUCCUGCUAUCCUCAGUCCUUCCCUUUUUGGUCUGACGCAACCGUACCCGGAGCCAAACACCCUGCGUACCCUUACGUUGACAGCCAAAGUCAUCCAGAAUCUGGCCAACUUCACCUUGUUCGGGGAAAAGGAGGAGUACAUGCUCUUCAUGAAUGAAUUCCUGGAGCAGCACUGGGAUGGAAUGAGAGGCUUCCUACAAACGGUGUCGAGUGGAGACACUGAGAUUGCAAUGACAUCCUUUGAUGGCUAUGUGGAUUUGCCUCUGCGUUUGGCUGUGCUCCAUGGACUGCUGGUGGACAUCAUCUACCAGAAGGACCAGGAAACAGUUGACAAGCUGCACCCUCUGCCUUCAAUUCUGAACCAAAUAACAGAGUCACUAGGCCCUGAAGCACCUCGGAUAGAUAUUAACAGCCAAACAGGACACAUCAAGCCAGCGUAUAUUCCUCCUAAGGACUUGAGCAAGUACAGCCCUCUCCAGUCGUCUCUCCAGCAUAUUCCUCAGGAAUCAAAAAGCACACGUGACAACAGGAGUCAAAGGAGGAAACCGAUCGCCAGAACUCAGAGUGCCCCACACAGACGUCCGGCACAAGUAAAACGUGAGAUGAAGAGGCAAACGAGCUCCGAGGCUCUGCCAACAUCUGACCACGAACAGGAGGCGGAGCCCAACCAACCACUUAUCUCACCACCAAAUACUAGCGUCUCUGUCAAGCGUGCACCUGCACCGGUUCCCUGGAUUAAACCCGGGGACCCCAACCCACCAGGCAGCCACACCCGGCAACCGAGCGAGAUCAAGACUGAGAAUGAGCAAUUCAGCUUACUGGAUAAGCAUGCUCAGGAGCUGUCAGAGCUUCGCCUGGGCAUAGAGCAGGUGACGGAGCGCGAGCUGGACAUGGCUAAGCGCCUGGAGGACUUCAUCAUUCAAAGUCAGGACCAGAAUGCAAUACUGCAGGAAGAGGUCAACGAGCUCAGGAAUGUGCUGGCUAUGCGUGAGGAGCAGCUUGCCAGCGCCACCUUCAGGCUGGGUGUGAUUGAAGAGGAAAGGGAGGAAGAUGAGAGGAAGCUGAGUGUUGCCAUUGCAGCAGCCGAGAGAGUGAAUGUGCUGGAGGAGCAGUUUGCAGGUCUGCUAAGGGACCUUCAACAGCUCAGCGAGGCGUACAAGAGCAGCCAAAACAACACACAGCAUCCUGAAAAACCACUCAACACCACCUGAACCCUGAGAAAAAGGGUUACGCUUUGGGCUUCACAGUUUUUAUACACACACACACACACAGCCUGAUGCCACAAACAUGAAUUCCUGGUUAGAUAUAAGUUUAUUUUAUAAAGAUAUCCAUAAUGAACUAUAGUUGAGGUGAACAUGAAGGCUGUAGCAUUUGUUUGGAUUUCCUCUUUCACUGUAUCUCUGCUUGUAAACCUUUUUUUUAUUAAAUAAAAAAAGC